UAGGAGGAAGUAAUAACUGCAGUAUCGUACGAACCGUGCGGUUCAUGUCGAAGAAACAAGAAACAGUUACAGGUUUGGAUUGGACCUAAUCAUUCCAUCUUCUUGACACCACGAAUACCACUGUUGAACCAUGCUCCACGGCCAUCGCGGUUAUUAGUUUUGAAUUACAAACAACGAAUUCAUUGCAACUUCUUCUAUCGAGCCAGUGUGAAGAGAACGCGUGGGUUCGGAUGCGAGUGAUCGUAAUUGUGGCAACAAAUUUAAUACGUUAUUGCAACAAGAAACCGCACAGAGCUUUUCACCUACCGUUUCGCAUAAUAUUAUAAUCUGCACGUGUAUCUUAUUACACCAUGGUCAACAAGACUAACAACAGUGCAUCUCAUGAUGAUAUAUUAGAUUCCUUUCUCACGACGAUUGAGAGCAAACUACGGGGUCCAUUCUCGUCUCUCGAUCUGGCCAAAGCUGUUUCGACAACGGCACUGCGUGGCUCGUCGCACAUUGGUAGCAGUUCUGCAACUGAUGAUACCCAGGAUCCUGCGCGAGAAUAUUUGAACAAUCUAUCAUCGGUCUUUGGACGAACCAACAAGGUCAUCCAAUGCCGGAUGCUGAUCGGGCUGCUCGGUUUGAAUGAUAUGCGAACCAACAAAAAUGGAGCGGAUGGUGAAAACGACAACAAAGGGGGAAGCCAGUAUCUGACGCCCGAAAUUCUUCGCAUACUCCACGAGACACAAGAAGGGCCUCUCCAUGAAGACUGGGUGCGGACAACAUCCGGAUUGAUAGAGGGUGUCAUGUUUCGAACGGACGACAGCGACCCUAAUGGCAAUACACGAGAAUCGUGUCGCAGCGAAGAGGCAUCAAAAAUUAUUCGAGAGACGGGGAUGGAAGUGUGCGACAAGGUCGAGUGUCAGAUUCAAGACGUUGGUCGGCCAUAUGAGUCUUCGAACAGUAAGCAAGAUGUCAAAAAAGAAAAAGGAACAAUAGACGAAGAAAAAGUGAAAUCAAAUAGUGGUUCUAUUUCUGCAGCCAGUGCCAAUAAACGAAACAGAGGAUUUACCCUAGAAAAAGUUAUACCAUCAUCGUCCCAGCCUGCCAUCAAGAAGGAAGAAAAAAUACAAAUUUCUAUCAAGGGAGAACAAGGGACUGAGCGAAGUACCAAGCCACCACCGCCUGAUUUGAAUGCCUGCUUCGCUCCCUACCGGUAUUCCCUGAUAUCUACGCCUACUUUAAAUACCAUUAUACCAGAAUUCAAUUUCUCGAAACCGAAAAACAACAACAGAAAUGGCGUGAGUGAUAGCAACUGUCACUUUCAGGUGAAUCCCGCUGCCAGUAUUCUCCAGAUUGAUUUGAAGUUGGAAGCCCAGCGAGCAAAGGAGCACGGAAGUGGUGUCCCAACAAAAGCCAAAAGUAGCAACAGCAACAAAGGAAAUAGUCCGACAAAAACUGCCAAUGGAGGAAAUCCAACCUUCCCACCGGGAUUCCGUCCGGCCAAACUUGUCCCAACCAAGAGGGCUGCUUCCAGCUCAGUUGGCGCCUCGAAACCUGGAGUUCGCAGUGGCAGCAGAAGUUUGUUUAUGCCAAAGAAAAAAACAUCUGCCAAUUUGUUCAAUACUACAACAAAAUUCAGGCCGCAACCGAUGAAAACGAUGCUGCGGCGAAAAGGAGGCGGAGCCCAAGCCCUCGUGAAGAACGGAGCUACUGCAAGUGGUGGAGGUGCUAUACUGAACAAACUCGGAGGCGGUGGGAUUGCCCGUUCGGGCAUGAGUGCUGCCGGCCGGACUGGUCGUUUCAGUGGCAACAGGGACGUGGCUCGUGCUGGUGGAAAAGUAAGCAGAAUUAAGAUGAUUGAUGACGAUGACGUUGAUGCCUUAACCAGGCCACAGCAAUCCACUGCUUCGGCGGCUGAACAGCGAGCGUCGAAACGAAAGCGUAUUUUGGAGGGUGGCGCAUCCUCGUUUGCGAACCCAAGACUAAAAAAGCAAAGAGCCCGCCCCGGCAUACGACGCAUGGAGCCGGUGAUGACAAAGAAUAUUCGGCACGCAGCUCCACAGCAGCAGCAGCAACAAAUAACGGAUGAAUCGUGUCAGUCUCUCUUGCGCGAUCGAUCCAAUAGAAUGUCUGCGGAGGACAGGAUUAGAGUCGAAAAGUUUUUCCAAACCAACAAAGCAGAUCGUUCGUCCCUCUUGUCACCAUCGGAUGAUGGGCCACAAUACAAGAUGAAAAUACACGAGCAGCGCGGUCAAGAUCCUGCUACAGGAGAGGAAAUCAAGCAAACAUUCUAUCUUGAGCUGGAUUAUAAUACGGGUGACUUUUUGGAAUCGAAAAAGACGAAACGGUAUUAACGAUCGAGAGCGAAAUUGUCGUGCUGGUAGUAAUGUAUUCAUCCACAAACAUAGCACAAGUCUGUAUUGAUAAUAAUUGAGUCCAUAGUAA